ACUACAAAUCGUGAAAUUCUACCUGAAAUUACAUGUCCACAUCAUUUAGUGAAAUUUCUGUUGGGAAGUCAUGAAAUGUUUAAUUCCAGUCAACGGACUAACACAACUACAGAUGGGUUGACUAGACAGCAGAAACUGUUGAAUAUUGAUCAUCAAGCUUCAAUACGAAUUAAACAAUCGCAGUGCAAGUGCAACUUAAUUUGAUUUAUUCAUUCUUAUAUCCAUACAUUAUUAUUAUGAUUAUGAUUAUGAUGAUUGAGAAUUCGGAAUUUUAUUGAAAAUCAUAAAUUCAGAUUGUUUAUCUUUAAAAUUGAUAUUUUCAUUAUUGAUUUUUUUGUUGUGUUAGACUUGUAUUCAUUUUUUUUUUGAAAUAAAAAUUCCACAUUCCCUUUGUAAACAAACAACUCAGUUACUUACUUUCGAAUCAAUGGUACAUCAAAAUAUUAUUGAUGAACAACGUAAUCAAGUUAGAUGGCAGUCAAAAUUAGGCGAUAGUCCAUUGUCACCAGAUGAACGUGCAAAAAUACUUGAUGCACGUGAAUUGACUUGGAAAGAAUAUUAUAAAAGAAGUACACAUCCAGAAGUCUUGGAAACUUGCAAAUAUCACCCAUUGUCACCAUCAUCAAUCAACUUCAGCUCGAGUAGAGAGCAUCAUAUAUUAUCUGAAUUUCGUCCACACCGUCCAGUGGAACCGUUUAAAAAUUCUUCGACUAUUGGAUUAGAAAAUAAUCUUCAGCCAAAAUUUCAUUUAGUUGAAUUCACCGAAUCGAAAUGGUUGCAUAAACAAGAUAUGAUUGAACAAUUUCGUUCAACAGUAUCACGUAUAAUCAUCAAGCAAAGAAUGAUGAAACGGUUGAAAAAAUUAAAACAAACAAUAAUUUCUGAUGAAAAAACAACGUUGAAACAGGCAACCGCAGAAAAAUAUCCAUAUAACAUUGGAAAGUCUAUUCAAUCUAUUGUGUUAUCUGAUUGUGGGACUAAUUUACUUCAUCAUCAAGUUUGGUCAGAACGCAAUUAUUUACUCUGUGAUCAGAAAUUGACCAAAACAAAUCAUAUACCAGCGUUAAACAGUAGACCAAUUCAGUCUAUCCAUCAUUCACUUCCAAUAACAUGUACAUAUAAUUUUUAUCAGUUAUCGAAUACUUUUGCAACACCCAAACAUUACUGGCCUAUAUUUGAUGUACCUAUCACACUGGAACAAUAUGAAAUGAGAUAUACAACAGACAAAUUUGAUUUAAAUACAGCUAUGGAUUAUGCAAAGCUAAUACCUAUGGAUAUAAAUUAUGACGAAUUAUUAUCAAUCAAACGGCAAAAUCAACAGAAUCAAUUGUCAUCUACUUCACAGGUCAUUGAAUCUCCACUAUCUGGUAUUCAUGGGUCAAUAAAUGAUUUAAAACCUGAGUUGACAGUCUUCAAUGAUACUACUAAUCAGUCAAUAAUACAUUUACCCCAAUGCAUGCAUUCACUACCGAAAUCAAACAUGAAUACUGAUAGUUACUCAAAUAAUCAAUAUCUGCCAGUAACAUUCAUUAAUCAAUCUACAUUGAAUGAUUAUUUCCAUACACUAGUCGAUUCAAUCAAUCCAUUCAAUGUAUGCAAUGAUAGUAUUGUUUGUUCAAGUCUGUCAAACAACUCAGACUAUGUUGAUACGGUAUUAAUUAAUCUGGAUCAAGCACCUAAUCAUCGUAUUCUCAGUCAAUGGAGUUCAUCAUCGAAUAUGCAUAAGCCAUUAGUACCAUUAACAAAAUUGUCCUAUUCAAAAUAUCAUCACAUUCCAGAGGAUGAUAAUAUUUUACAUGGAAACGAAUUAUUCAGUGGUUAUUCAUUGAAUGAAAAUGAAUCGAAGUCUAUGAAAGAAUUGGUUGAACAAGAUAUUCAAGAAUGGACUACACGUUUCCCAGAACUUAAUUCAAUGUGUUCAAUUGAAAAUGAGAGUGACGAUGAAAAAUCCAAUGAAAAAACGUUGACUACACUAAAUAACAAGAAUGAUGUUAAUCCACUAUUAAAUUUGAACAAUGCACCGAUCGAAGAGUCGAAGAAAUAUCAAAAUGAAAUUUUAUCUGUGUGUAAAUUCAAAUUCUGCGAUGACGAAUAACUUACAGAACAUAUAUACAACCGAGAAAUAGUAUACGGCAUUCCACUAGGAAUCAAAUAAUUUUUCAAAAGUUCUUGUCGUAUCUAUCAUUAAAGACCUAUAUUCAUAAGUACUGAUUAAUAGCUGUCAUGAAGCUGUGUCCAUCAUUGGAUAAGUUAUUUCUAAAAGCUGUUUAAAUGCGAGCUAUAACACAAUGAUAUAAUUCUUUUUACUAAUUAAGAAAGAAAUAUCGAUCGAUCAUUCUCAUUCGUCUGAUACUAAUGCUAGUUCAAUGCAUGAAAAUUUGUCCAUUUGAAGUGAACAUUGAAAAAGAUGUACAUUUUCAUUACGUAAAUUAUCACCAUUUUCCAACUGUGAAUAUAUAAGCAAUCAAUCCAACUGACUUGGACUUGCAGUGGCUAAAUGGUUAUGGACGCUAACUUGUGUACUCACUCAUAAGGUCUUAUAAGAGGCUUCAAUGUUUGAUAGUAUUAAAUACUGAAAACGUCAAACAGAAAUAGCAUAAAUAAUAGCAAAUAUCAGGUCUUAUUCGUUAUUCUGUAAACUAGAAACAAAUACACUGAGAUUCAAACAUCUGAUAUUUGAUGAAUUUUAAAAUGGUGGUUGUAGAAGGAUGGUUGUAAUAGGAUACUUCGAUGAUUGAGCAUUCGUGGAAGAUUGUGACCGUGGAAAAAUUAGUUUUCGAAUAAUAUAUCUUGAAUAAUUUUAGUUUGCAAGCAAGUGAAAUGCACAUCAAUCAAUAUUGUACAAGUGAUGUUGAGAAUUCCUAACUGCUAACAAAGUUAUGUCAAAGAAAGCUGUUUCUGUUUUGUAUUAUUACUAUCCUUAUGUAUGAGUUGAGAAUUGAUGACACUCUCAAGAAAGCAAACUGAGUAUCGUAGAAAUUUUGAGCACAUAUUACAAAGAGUUAUCAAACGCAUUUCAAUUGAACAUCCAGCUCCGAGAACAAUACAUCAGUCGGUCACAGACUGACAGCUUAGCAAAGAUGAACUGCACCGAUGUCAGACAAUUUCAGAUUGAUUGAAUGUAAUUGAUGGUUGUCUUAUUCUCACAGAACACAACAUUCAUCAAUUCGUAACCGUGGCAAUAACGACAGAGAAGUGUUGACAUUCUUAUUUACUUAAUUGAAAAGAAA